UGAGUUUUUUUUUUCUGAUCGCAGGUUUUGGUCGCAAACGCUGAAUUUCUCGGCGAUCAAAAUUUUUAAUCGCGGGUCGCUAGCGUCUGGUCGCUGCGAUCAGUCGCUGAACGUGCGACCGGUAAACGAACAACGUUUAGACGCUCAGGUUGGUCGCUGACGCUAGCGACCUCCAAACGAACAUGGCCUUAUUUAUAACUCGAGCGACCAUCAGAACUGGCGACCAUGCGUACCACUCUCACGAGAGCCUUCAAUUUUCCUUGGAAAAAAUAUUUCAAAAUUGAAAGACAUGAGGAUGUCUAUCACUAUACAAUCACUAGCAUUCGUUCCAUUGUUUGUAGUAGUGGUACAUGCAGCCCUAGUAGUCAUCACAGCCGAAGAUGAAAACUCGCCGGAGGAGGCAAUGUUUCCAGCGAUGUUUGUGUUUGGAGACUCAUUGGUGGACAACGGAAACAAUAACCGUUUGAAUUCGCUCGCUAGGUCCAACUAUUUACCUUAUGGCAUCGAUUUUGACGGUGGCCAACCCACCGGUCGAUUCUCCAACGGCAAAACCAUCGUCGAUUUCAUUGGAGAGUUGCUAGGGCUGCCGGAUAUACCAGCGUUCAUGGAAACGAUAGACGGAGGAGUUAAUGUUCUUCGGGGAGUGAACUACGCAUCGGCUGCCGGAGGAAUCUUAGAAGAAACCGGUCGCCAUCUCGGAGAGAGAUUCAGCAUGAGAAGACAAGUGGAGAAUUUCGACAAGACAUUAAUGGAGAUAAGUAGGGGAAUAGGGUCAUCAGUACCAGAGUAUAUGGCAAAGUCAUUGGUGGUGGUUUCAUUGGGGAACAAUGACUACAUUAACAAUUACUUGAAACCAUCGCUUUUCCUCACCAGCUCCAUCUACGACCCUACUUCUUUCGCAGACCUCCUCGUCUCCAACUUCACAUCUAAUCUCCUUGAACUAUAUGAUAAGGGGUUUAGGAAAUUCGUGUUAGCUGGUGUGGGUCCAUUAGGUUGUAUACCAGACCAGCUAGCCGCUCGGGCGGUUCCGCCGGGUCAAUGUGUGGAGGCGGUCAAUGAGAUGGCUGAGCUUUUCAACAACCGUCUCAAGUCGCUGGUGGAUCGUCUCAACUCCGACAACAAAACCGGCCGCGACGCCAUCUUUGUCUAUGGCAAUACCUAUGGAGCCGCCGUGGAUAUACUCAACAACCCCAUUAAUUACGGAUUCGAAGUGACGGACAGAGGGUGUUGUGGAGUAGGGAGAAACAGGGGAGAAAUUACGUGUCUGCCACUAGCUGUGCCAUGUGCAUUCAGAGAUCGACAUGUUUUCUGGGAUGCUUUUCACCCAACGCAAGCUUUUAAUCUCAUCAUUGCUCUCAGAGCGUUUAAUGGCUCCAAAUCCGACUGUUACCCCAUUAAUCUACUUCAAAUGUCUCGUCUCUAAUGAUGCAUUUCUCAACAAAUCUUUUGUUUAACGUAUCUCUUUGUAUUUUCCUUCUUCAAGUUACUUGCAUUGAUUUUUGGAUUUUUUAAUCAAUGCAAUUUUAUCGUUAUAAUU